AUGGAUUACGGUUACAGGGCGGGAACUUAUCUGGAGAGACAGAUCGGUCAAGUCAUCAAGAUCGCCGGCCACAACUAUCUCAUCCACGAGAUACUCUCCGAGAGCCGAAAGGAUGAGCUCCACGAGCACUGGGGGGUUUAUGAGGCUACAUGUCCUGACAGUAGGACCAACGCCACUCGCCGAUACGCCCUUAAGGUGCGCUACGGGAUGAGGACGCGGAAAUUCCGUGAGAGCGACCUAGAAGCUACAGACGUAAUGGCUCGAGAGUGUUUCGAACUCGAGUGCCGGGCGCUUCGAACGUUCACAAACUCUGGAUUUACCCCGGUGUUUUACGGCAGCGAUGAACUAUCUUCAGACCUGAAUCCACUCUAUGGCGAAGGGCAUGUCUGGGCAAUCGUAAUGAGUCUUGUAGACGGUACAAGCGUUGCGGACAUUUGCGGCUUGAACGUCUUCGAGAAGAGAAUCAUUCAAGAUGAGUUGAUCAAAGCCUUGGAAUACAUGCGGCUCCGAGGCUGGGGGUGGUAUAUGCAGGAGACGGAGCAGAUUUUCUAUGACAGUGCUCGACAAUCUAUGUACGUGUUCACUUGCAUUAGGCUGUAUCCUUUCAUCUACUGA